AUGACGAUUAUCACAUAUGGUAUCUUCAAGUAUCUGAUAAAUGAGGCAAAUAAUGAAGCACUCCUCGGAACAAUUAAUAACACAAUUAUUACUGAUCAUUCUGCGAAUAAGAAUGCAUUCAUUAACCCAGAUUUCACUAGUUAUAACGUCGUCAUUCCACCAACAAUCCUUUACAAUAAUAAAUAUUAUUUUGUCAAAAGGAUUGGCGUUUGCGCAUUGAGAUUCUCUAUGAUAACAUCAUUAAGAAUUGGAAAAUUUGUUGAAGAAAUCCAAUUCAGAUCCAUUGACUGGUGCAACUUUCUCCAAAAGAUUGAAUUUGAUAGAGAAUCAAGUUUAUCAAAAAUUGAUAAUAGUUUCGCGGUGAAUUCUACAAUAACAAAGAUAAUCAUCCCUUCAAGAGUUAAUAGGAUUGCAGACUUACUUUUUCGCAAUGCAAAAAAGCUGAAAACUAUUUAUUAUGGCGGAUCUGAAUUAGAAUGCCUAGAAAAUUUGAAUUCUUCAUCUAUUUCUAUUUACGUUUUGCCUAAUUACAAAGAUAACAUGUUUUGCAAACAUAUUGUCACAGUAUUGAGCGAAUUUCCUCUUGAGAAAAUACCAUCUUGCAUCAAAUAUCUAAAAUGUUUUGAAUCAAUAUCAAUUUCAUAUCUUUUAAUUCCUAUUUUAUUUUGA